AUGCCCCCUCACAUUUACUCAGUUGCACAGACAAUUCUUGCUCGAAUAGAGGCAGAAUUUCUUGCACGGAAGGACCUAUCAUCCCCCGCUAGAAUAAAUGACAAUUUUCCUCAUACUGUGCGAGAUCGAGUUUCCACUGCUUCAAUGUCCACAAUCAAAUUCCCCACUCAAGCCGUCUGUCUGCUAGGACGUUCAGGUUCUGGAAAAUCAGUGAAUGCGGAAUAUCUCAUUGAGUACCUUCUCACUCCACAGUCAACUCAGUCUUCCAAGUCCUCUCCCCAAUACACUAAUGAAUCAAAUCUUACCGCCCGAAAAAUGCGCGCAGUGAUGUGCCUAUUGGACGCUUUUACCUGUUCACGGACUCUGCUCAACUCCAAUGCGAGUCGAUGCCUUCGUCUCUUCACAAUUGAUUUCACAAUGGAGAGGGAGAUAAGCAGUCCUCGAAUCACCGCCUCAGGAUUGUACGUUGACAUUCUCCUGCUUGAUAAGUUCCGUGUCACUCGGCGGCCGCAGGGUGAACCCACAUUUCACGUCUUCUACUACUUUUUGGCCGGUCUCGAGGAAGAUGUUCGAAGAGAAUAUAUGCUGGAGGAUCUGAUCGCCCCCAAUCUCUUUAUGACCCCGCUUCAAAGGGUAAGACUUCGUGCCUAA